AUGCCAUUCCUGCAUGGCUUCCGAAGGAUCAUCUUCGAGUACCAGCCGCUGGUGGACGCGAUUCUGGGCUCCCUGGGGAUCCAGGACCCCGAGCCGCAGGAACCCCUGGACGGGCCCUUUGCCAUCGAGUCGAUUCCGACUCCUGGCGACUCUACAGGACGGAGAAGAACUGCCCCACGGGGUUUCCAAGGAGCACCUGGUGGAUUCGAACUGCAGACUUUUUAGUUAGCAGCCUGAGCUCUUAAUCACUGUGCCACCAGAGUCCCUUAUGUACACAAGAGCAAGUCUAUCCAUGAACUUAUGGGAAAGACAUUAAAAAGUGAAUCUUUUCGUCAGUCAGUAUUCACUGCCCACUGUACUAUGUGCUUGGAGUACAUCAGUGAACUAAAAAACCACAGCCUUUCUGGUCCUUAUGUUCCAGAGGAGAAAGACUGACAACAACCCUGCAUAAAUUGUAUAGUGUAUUAGGUGUAGUGAAGUCAAGAGAGCAGAGGGAAGGGGGAUCAGUUGGCAUUUCAACCACCAUGGUUAUGAUGAGUCUCAAGGGGCUUUGGUGGAAAUGUAGGCUUUCUUCAUCACUGCAUCAGCUCUGCCAAUGUUGAGGCUUUGCUGUGAAAAUGCAGCACAAGGUUCUUCCUUGACUCUGCGGUCCUUUUGGGUGGAGUAGGGCAGCUAAAGGGGCUGCAUGGGCUUUUCGGUAGCCCCAGAGAUCAUGCAGGAACUCUGUUCCAGAAUGUUUGCUUUGCAUCCCUGGUGGUCUGGGCCUCUCCAGGGUUGGGGUGGGUGCAGGGAGAUGAGAGGUAAUCCUGUCCAGGUAGUAAGGAUCAAACCUUGAACCAGCCAAUUGAAGGGAUGCAGAUGGGUGAGGCUGAGAGGGGGCAAAAGGAGCACUGGUGGCGAAGGAAAGCCUCACCAAGAGGAGGCCCCAGUCUGUGAAGGAGCCUGGGAUGUUGUCAGAGCUUAGUGCAAAGCAGGGCUUCCAACCAGUUUGUUCUGGUUUGAACCGCUGCUAAGAAUUUGCAUUUCCACCCCCAGAUAUACUGAAUCAGAAUCUACACUUUAACAAGAUCCCCAGGUGAUUCUUACCCGUAUCAAAUUUUAAGAACCACUGCUCUACUAAUGGUCUUCAGAAUUAGUCCCUAACCAGCAGUAUUAGCAUUGUCUGGGAACUUGUUAAAAUGGCAACCGUUUGGAAGCCCUGGUGCAAAGGCAUGGAGCUGUCCACGGGCCUGAGCUUUUGGGGAAAGCCCAGGCAGGUCUUGGUAAUGCUGGCCAGGGAGGGGAGAAGAGGGCUUAGGCAAGGCGAGACUGGGGAAGUAGGCGAGUAGUGGCUGGGGUGUGGAGGUCCUUGUGUACACACAACCUUCGGAAGACUGGGAGGCUAAGUGUCUACGUGCGAGAGGGAAAGGCAGGAAGGCUGCUGCUGUCUUGGUCGCAAGAGCUGCCCUGGCUGGUCUGACAUCCUCUGCAGCUCAGGGACAGUCUGUGUUUGAGUGAGAAGGGCUUUCUGAGGAAGGAACUUCAGGGUCUGGUUCUGGCUUCUGGCCUCGAGGAUUCCCUUCAGUCCUAACAGCUCAAGUAUGUGAGCAUUUGUACCCAAGCCAGGGACCAGAUUCUCUGGGCAAGCUGGGGACCAGGUUGAGAGGAGACUGGAGACAGACCCAGUCCUUUGUCAACAAACCCGAGGACUUGGCUCCAAUUUAAAGAUCUAGCUUGGCGCUCUCUUGACCAUCAACUUCCAGAGAGAGGCUUUCUGCUUCACAGAGCCUGGGCCUCCACCCUCUGUGAGUGAUGACAGCAUGAGGGUAAUGGCCACCAGCUGGGUGGUGGGGCUCUUUGCCACAGGGAGCCUAUGCCAGCUGGUCCCACAGCUGUUCCCACCCUCAACUUGUCUGCCUCUCCUGCCCCAGGCCUAGUUAUGUCGCCAGUGAAGAGAGCCGAAUCCUUGUUCUCACUGAGCUGCUGGAGAGGAAGGCCCACUCCCCUUUUUAUCAGGAAGGCGUGAGCAACGCCCUGCUGAAGAUGGCUGAGCUGGGGCUGACACGGGCCGCGGAUGUUCUCCUACGGAACGGGGCCAACCUCAACUUUGAAGACCCCGUCACCUACUACACUGCCCUGCACAUCGCUGUCCUGCGAAACCAGCCCAACAUGGUGGAGCUACUGGUACGCCACGGGGCCGACAUUAAUCGGAGGGACCGGAUUCACGAGAGCAGCCCCUUGGACCUGGCCAGCGAGGAGCCAGAGCGCCUGCCCUGCCUGCAGCGCCUCUUGGACCUUGGAGCAGAUGUCAACGCGGCUGACAAGCAUGGGAAGACUGCUCUGCUACACGCUUUGGCCAGCAGUGACGGGGUGCAGAUCCACAAUACUGAGAACAUCCGGCUUUUGCUGGAAGGAGGGGCAGACGUCAAGGCUACCACCAAAGACGGGGACACCGUGUUCACCUGCAUCAUCUUUCUUCUCGGUGAAACAGUGGGAGGGGACAAAGAGGAGGCCCAGCUCAUCAACCGCUUCUGUUUCCAAGUGACGCAGCUGCUGCUGGCUCACGGGGCAGACCCCAGUGAGUGCCCAGCCCAUGAGUCCCUCACCCAUAUCUGCCUCAAGAGCUUUAAACUGCAUUUUCCUCUUCUGCGCUUCCUGCUGGAGUCUGGAGCUGCCUACAACUGUUCCCUUCAUGGGGCGUCCUGCUGGUCUGGCUUUCACAUCAUCUUUGAGAGGCUCUGUUCCCACCCAGGCUGCGCUGAAGAUGAGAGCCACGUGGACCUUCUGCGCAAAGCUGAGACCGUCCUGGAUCUCAUGGUGACUAACUCCCAGAAACUCCAACUGCCUGAAAACUUUGACAUCCACCCUGUGGGGAGCCUGGCAGGAAAGAUCCAGGCCCUGCACUUCUCCUUGAGGCAGCUGGAGAACUACCCCCCACCCCUUAAGCACCUGUGUCGCGUUUACAUCCGGCUCUACCUUCAGCCAUGGCCCGUGGAUGUCAAGGUCAAGGCCCUACCUCUGCCUGACAGGCUCAAGUGGUACCUCCUCAGCGAGCACAGUGGCACCCUUCAGGAUGACAUCUGACAGGUCCCAGACAGCCCUCUAGCUUUCAAGUCCCCAGACUAAAGGAAACAGUGGUCUAGGCAGCUAAAUUCAGCUUGUUGAUGGAUUUAAGUACCUAUGACAACCUUAAAGAGCCCUGGUGGUAUGGUGGUUAAAUUGCUCAGCUGCUAACUGAAGGGUCUGUGGUUUGAACCCACCAGCCACACCACGGGAGAGAGAUGUGGCAGUCUGCUCCCAUAAAGAUCCCGCCUUGGAAACCCUAUGGAGCAGCUCUGCUCUGUCCUAUAGGGUCACUAAGUCAGAAUCAACUCAACGGCAGUGGGUCCACGACAACCUUAGUGGUCUUUGAUCCUGGGAAUCUCUGGUCCCAUCUAUCAAGAGACCCUGGUGGCAUAGCGGGUAAGUGCUACGGCUGCUAACCAAAAGGUCAGCAGUCCAAAUCCACCAGGCACUCCUUGGAAACUCUAUGGGGGACAGUUCUACUCUGUCCUAUAGGGUCGCUAUGAGUCAGAAUCAACUUGACGGCAAUGGUUUUUUUGUUUUUUUAGGUUUAUCAAGUGGUACAAGUUGGAAAUGAGAUCUGGUCUUUAAUGAGUACAAAGCAAGCCAGGUAGAGCCCAGUAUCUGUGGUCAUUCCAGGGGUAAAAGGUGUGGUUGUCUUCCAGGGAGACUGCCUCCCUUCCAGCAGCACCCCCAAGUCUCAACCCACAUUGGAAAAAGGGAACAGGGUUUAGGUUUGGGAAAACCUUAUUCCCUCUUAAUUGGAGGGGAAACCAGGGCAUUUAGAGAAGUAGGGAAGCACUAAGUCUAGGCACUCCUAGAGCUGCAGGAAAUGGCUCCUUCCUGCACAGCCAUAGCUGAAGCUAGAAAGAAGCUGGGGAAGGCCCUACGGGGUGAAGCCAAGCCAAGGCCCUUGCCCCCUGCCUCUUCACUUCAGAUUCUGCCACUCAUACAAGUGCUCUUGGUGAGCUGGGGAAGAAGACACAAAGAGACCACGAGAGGUUCUUCUUCCAGGUGGUGUAAGCUGAGCUGACCCCUGCCAGCUUCUGCAGGGCUGGGGCCAGAUCACCUGCAGCCUCGUCCACCAAAGCACCAAGGGUGUGCUCUGGUGGCAGCUCUGCUUACGCCAAACCCAGGGUUGGGGGCCGUGCCUUCUGCUAAAAAGUAAUUGUGUGCAUGACCAGGGACAGCCCUUCCCCAAGCAUCUCGUAUUGUGAAGGGCUCACCUGAUGGAGAAAGCUACCAGACUGAAAGCUGAACCCUCCACAAAAUCAUUCCAAAGUCACACUGGUCAUUAUGAAUUGUGCAGAACUACAUGCCUUUGGGUAUAAGUUAAGGCAACUAUGUAUUUAUAAACUGAUUUAGAAACUGA